AUUGUGUACGGUUUUCCAAACCCUACAAAACUAGUGUCAGUACUGACUGCUUGACAGUUGAUGUCUUAAACCUAACGUUAUUACUUGUUUGUCGGAUCACCGUGGGCUUUCUACUCAGCAAUAUGUAGGCGUCGCAUUAGAUAGCGAGUUAGCUAGCCCCGUACGGAACCGGUCUAACGUCACAGCAGCUAGCUGUCAGGAGAGCUAUUGCUAGAUUAGCUGUCAACGGGCAUCACAACAAACCAAGCAGCCUGCCUGCUAGACUGACCAAACUCUCCGUCCAUAGCCUAUAUCGUGUAACGUUAAUAUCCUUUAGUUACUGACAUCUGUGAAGUCUGUAGAAUGGCAUCGAUGGCUGCGGCAACCGAGCCGAGCUUAAGCCCUGUUCCUAUGCUUACUGACAGUCUUGUGCCUGCUAGCAUGUUUGCUCCGGAGCGGGGAUGCGGAGACGACGCAGAGGCGGACUGCUUCGAGGACGGCGAGACCUUUAACGGCGAGGGCGGGGAUCAUGGCAUAGAUUUCUCCAGCAAGCUGGCUCUGGUCAGUCCAAACGGCGAGCAGUACGAUGCCCUCCUGAGGCAGCUGAGAGAGCGGAUGGACGAGGGAUGUGGAGAGACCAUCUACGUUGUGGGAGUGGGCUUGGAUGGUGGAGAGUACGGUCUUAACGAGAGCGACAUGGAGGCAUCAGUUGCUACGGUGCAGUCCAUGUGCGAGCAGAUCGAGGCCGACCUCAUUCUGCUGAGGGAGCGGACCGAGGCGGGAGGCCAGGUGCGCGACUAUCUCAUCCGCCGCCGCGUCGGGGAGGCCGACUUCCUGGAGGUCCGGGUGGCCGUGGUGGGGAAUGUGGACGCAGGGAAGAGCACACUCCUGGGUGUCCUUACCCACGGCGAGCUGGACAACGGGCGAGGCUUCGCCCGCCAGAAGCUCUUCCGCCACAAGCACGAGAUGGAGAGCGGCCGCACCAGCAGCGUGGGCAACGACAUCCUGGGCUUCGACCAAGAGGGUGAGGUGGUCAAUAAGCCCGACAGCCAUGGAGGCAGCCUUGACUGGACCAAGAUCUGUGAGAAGUCUUCAAAAGUCAUCACCUUCAUUGACCUGGCUGGCCAUGAGAAGUACCUUAAGACCACCGUGUUUGGCAUGACUGGCCACCUACCGGACUUCUGCAUGCUAAUGGUGGGCAGUAAUGCAGGAAUCGUGGGCAUGACCAAGGAGCACCUGGGCUUGGCGCUGGCCCUGAAUGUACCUGUGUUUGUGGUGGUCACUAAAAUCGACAUGUGCCCAGCCAACAUCCUUCAAGAGACCCUGAAACUUCUGCAGAGACUACUGAAGUCCCCAGGGUGCAGGAAGAUCCCUGUCCUGGUCCAAAAUAAAGACGACGUCAUCGUCACUGCAUCAAACUUCAGUUCUGAGAGAAUGUGUCCGAUCUUCCAGAUCUCCAAUGUGACAGGAGAGAAUAUGGACCUGCUGAAGAUGUUCCUCAACCUGCUGUCGUCCAGAACGUCUUUCAAAGACGACGAGCCUGCCGAGUUUCAGAUUGAUGACACUUACUCAGUGCCAGGUGUGGGAACUGUAGUGUCUGGAACUACGUUACGUGGAUUGAUACGUCUGAAUGAUACCAUGCUCCUCGGCCCUGACCCUCUGGGAAGUUUCUUGCCCAUCGCUGUCAAAUCCAUUCACCGCAAAAGGAUGCCUGUGAAGGAAGUGCGGGGUGGACAGACGGCCUCUUUUGCACUGAAAAAGAUUAAACGCUCCUCCAUAAGGAAGGGCAUGGUGAUGGUGUCGCCCAAGUUAAGCCCGCAGGCUUCCUGGGAGUUUGAGGCCGAGAUUCUGGUGCUGCACCACCCGACCACCAUCUCCCCCCGGUACCAGGCAAUGGUACACUGCGGAAGCAUCCGGCAAACGGCCACGAUCCUCUCUAUGAACAGGGACUGCUUACGAACAGGGGACAAGGCCUCCGUUCACUUCCGCUUCAUCAAGACCCCGGAGUACCUGCACACAGACCAGAGGCUGGUGUUCCGAGAGGGCAGGACCAAAGCUGUGGGCACCAUCACGAAGCUACUACAGUCGACCAAUAACCAGCCCUCUAACUCCAAACCUCCGCAAAUCAAGAUGCUGUCGACAAAGAAAGUCCCGCCCCGUCGAGAGGAUGGAUUGAUACCAACCAAUGAGGAGUCUAUGAGCGCAGCACUUCCAUCCACUCCACACACAACACAGCAACUGACAGAGGGGGAGGAGGACCCCCAGAGUAAAGAAGGCAACAAAGAGAACAAGCCCAAAUCCGGCGGUGGAAGACGACGAGGCGGACAGCGUCACAAAGGAAAAUCCCAAAACAGCUCCACAGCGCCCCCAACAGGUGCCACAGGGCCUGUAUAAACUCUCCUCCCUCCCUCCCUCCCUCCUUCAAAAUAUCAUUCCCAUCAUUCCAUCAAGUGUCUUUAACGCGCACAGUACGGGGAGCAGAAAGCUCACUGACUGUCUGAUUCCUCCCCCCCCCCCCAUUUUAAAAACGUUGGAUCCUCCCCCCGUAUGCUGCUCAACUGGGCCACUGCACUGCUAAUGAUGAGAUAGGGGGGGUGUCGUCGUUGAGCCAAGUCGUUGAGCCAACUGAGGUAUGGGCAGCGUCUUGUGAAACUAACUUAUUAUACAAAGGUGUUUGUUGUUCUUUGAUGUGUUUUGGAAUUAUAUUGUCUAAAUUGAGCGCGUAUAUAAUCUCUAGAUAAGCUGCACAAGCGCUCUGUAUUGUUAAGUGUGAGUGAGAGAGCCGUUUACGUGCACACAGAUUAUCUAUAUAAUAUGAACACAUGGUUUUUUGCAAAAAGGUGACAGGAACACCACGUUGCAUGCUUUCAGCUGAAUAUUGAAAUGUCAAAUCUGUGGGUAACUGACUAUCCUUGAACAUCGUCAACAUCGUUGUGGUGCUGUGUCCACCUCACCAUAGCAUCAUGAAGGACCGUCCUGCACACAGGUCACGUUCACCGUGCGGUGCAGAGUCUUACAGUCCUACAGCAGCAGCUCUACUAGCGGAACAGAAGGGAUGAGGCCCAUCUGAGUCCACUCACUGGGCAGCCAGGCUGAGACACAAGUGGACACAAGAGGUUUGCACUCCAGUGUUCAGUGUCAGGCAGUGCAGUUGCCUGGCUCAAAAGCCGUGAAUGAUCAUGCAAAAAAUCAGAAAAGCAACCAAACUUAAAUACUUAUCCGAUGUUCAUCGAGGUCUGACCAGUAGCUAUAUGAAGGAGGAUCUGGAACAGUGUUGGUUUCCAGUUCUGUAAGUGAGCAUUAUUAAGGCAGUCAGGUGUCAUUUGAUACUUCUCACAAGCAUGCAUACACACAGCACAGCUUUUGGGUCUUAAAAAGCAUUUGGAGAACUUAGACUGGUAGGCUUAGAUUAUUUAGCAAUUCACAUGUUAUUAGCAGUCAAUACAUUUUACAUAGUUUUAUUUUUAACUCAGCACCUGUGGACGAACUGGUGGUUCAUAAACACACAUUUAGCCUUAGUUUAUUUAUAUAUAUUUUUUUCUAUUCAUUUUUUUUUUAAUGGAAGGGAAUGCAUUUUAGUGAGUAUGUUUUAUUCUGGAUCGUUCAGAAAGCCAUUUUAUUUGCAACAAGUUUUGGAAAUGAUAAACCCAUAAUGGUCUUACCCCAUAAUGCCACACUUUCACCAAGCACCUUACAUCAGAUAGAAUUGUAAUUUGUCGCAGACAUCCUCCGUGGAGACUUGUUGCUGGCAAAAUAGAAACAUGCCGACCAUCACACACUUACAUGUGAAGUACCAGACCAUGUUUUUCUCUUAGAUAUUUCAGCAAAUAAAUUAUUGAGAAUAAAAUAAUUAUCUCCA